AUGAAGAAAACAGUAAAAAUUGUUGUUGAUGUAUCCAUGUAUCCAUCUGUCGAAUUAUUAAGUGAACCUCGAGUAAUUGAUCAUAUCUCGAAACAAGUAUAUGAUAUUCUAGAGAAAAAAAGACAAAAGGCACGUGAUAGUGCAAUAAUCAAAGCUUGUAAAAAUGCUGUCUCUCUUCUUCUAUCGAAGAAAAAAGGAAUUCCACCAACAAUCUUAUCCGUUUAUUUGCCAAUGAAUAUUAUUGAGUCAUCUGAUGAUACAGUUGUACCUAGUGUUUCAUCCGAUGAAGACAUAUUGGAAACAGGUGUUGGUGAAGAUGAUGAUAGUAUUAAUAGCGAUCAACUUUCAUCAUUUAAUUCACAAGGUUCACAUAUUUCUUUUUUUUUAUGUAACAAUGUAAUGACAGUAAAUACAACUUUCGAAUAUCUUUUUGAUUAUUUUAAACAUUCUCUAUCAAUUAAUAAUAAACCGAUGAAUCUUGAAAAGAUCCUAACGGAUGUAUGUAGUUAUGCUUUUCUUGAACUUAAUUGUUCUGUGAACAUUCGCAUGUUAAAAAAUGAAAUAAGCCGUCAAAUCAGUCAGAUAGUGCAAUCAGCACGUAUACGUGCUGCCGGUAAAAGUGUUAUCGGAGUUCUACGUACAAAAAAUAUUUUCUCAUUUAUUUUCAAAUCUAUCAAUUCUCUGAAUCGACUUGAACCAUCGAUGGGAUUUAUAAGAUAUAAAAAUGAUGAUUAUUUAAGUCCAAGUCUUUUUAUUCGAGAAAAUAAUGAUGAAACUGCUAUUUUUCAAUUUUAUCCAUUUCCAAAUAUAGUUGAGAUAACCAUUAACGAGACAUUAGUGAGAAAGGCAUUAUCUUCGUUUGAUAUAGUACGAGCAUUAGAUAUUAAUGAAAUUUCUAGUCUUGUUUCACAAUGUGUUGCAACAUAUGAUUUAAAAUUAAAUUUACCAAUUUUUGAAGAAAUUCUUAAAACAAAAAUAUUGCUUGAACGUAGUACGUUAAAUUCUAGUUAUUUUUUAACUAUGUCUGUAAAACUUGCAGAAAAAGAAGAUCAAAUUGAUAAAGUUAAUGAACAAAGUCAAAUAGAUGAUUCUCAUUCCUUCUGUGAAGAAGAAAUAGAUGCUAUUAUUGGUCGAACAUACAGCACCCGGGGUGUUAAACGCUCCUUUCCUUACAAAGAAAUUCUAGGUGAUGAAAUUGCAAAAUCUGCUCGAAGUGUUGUGAAUAAGUUUAAAGAACUUCUUAAUGAAGUUAAGCAUAAUUCUGUAAAACGAAAGGGUCAUCUAAAACGUCUAUGUCUAGAAUUUGUAAAAGAAUUUCGUCAAAGUGGUCUUCGUACAACUGUUACUCCGUAUAUCCAUAUAAUUGGAAAUCAUUUAUUCGAAUUCGAUGAAUUCAAUGACCUUGGAGAUUACAAUAUGCAAGGAGUAGAGAAAAAUAAUGAUCGACUCUCUAAUAUCUAUUUUUCAUCUACAAAUCCCGCUAAAAAUCCCCUCCUUACUAUGCUUCAGAAACUUUAUCGAACGCUCGAGAUGAACUUUGAAGAAGAAGCAGAAAGAGAUGCAAUGGCUGAAUUUGCUCGAACAGGUGUAUACGAUUUCGUUGAAACUGUACAUCAUUCUAAACCAUCACAUGACGAUGACAUUUUCUUUCAUAACAAAGAACAACAAAAAUUAGAUAGUGAUGAUGAACCUGAAGGGCAAUUUGAUCGAUCUGUAGAAGAUGUUGUUGAAGUAGAAGAUGAAAGCGACAUAGACUUAGAUGAAUCAAUGAUUUGGGCACCUGAAAAAAGAUUUGAAACUAACUUUUUACGUAGGACUGAAAAUCGAUUCAAGAGUUUCCGAAGAUCAUAA